UGGAAUGGGAGAGCAGAUAGGGAAUGCAUUUUCAAAAGGUUGGAUAGGAUGUUAUCCAAUGAUCACUUGCAGAAUUGGUUUAGUCAUCUUGAGGUGGAGCAUUUGUCCAGAACUGGCUCAGAUCAUGCACCUAUGCUUCUUUCUUGCAACGAUCAAACUCAGCAUUUUAUUAGGCCUUUCAAGUUUCUUAAGUUUUGGACUGAAGAUGAGGAUUAUAAAGAGCUUAGUAUAAGAGAGGAUAUUGUUAAGGUGAAAGAGCAGCUUUUUGAAGAUAUGCCAUCAGAGGGUAAUAGAAUGAUAUUGCAAAGAGCUCAGGCCGAGUUGAAAAGGUACUUGCAUUAUGAGGAGGAAUUUUGGAGACAAAAAGAAGAAAAUAAAAUGCUUAGUGCAGUCCCUACUUUGGAGGAGGUGAAGAAGGCAGUUUUUGAGUUAUCAGGUGAUAGUGCUAGUGGUCGAGAUAGUUUAAACGGUGUUUUCUAUCAUUCUUGUUGGGAGAUUGUUAGUGCUGAUGUGUACAAUGUUGUGAAAGCCUUUUGGGAUGGCCAUAAACUUCUAAAGGCAAUCACACACACUAAUCUAGUAUUGUUACCAAAGAAGAAUGAGGUGGAAACAUUUUCAGCUAUGAGGCUUAUUAGUCUUAGUAACUUCAUUAACAAAGUCAUUUCCAAGGUAAUUCAUGAUAAAAUGGAGUCUGUGCUUCCAAAGCUUAUUUCUGUAAACCAGUCUGGAUUUGUAAAAGGUAGAAAUAUCAUAGAGAAUGUGUUGUUGACACAGGAGAUUAUUUCAAAUAUCAGGUUGAGGGGAAAACCAGCUAAUGUUGUAAUCAAACUUGACAUGACCAAGGCUUAUGAUAGAGUUUCAGGGUUAUUUUUAACCAAGGUGUUAAGAAGGAUGUGCUUUACAGAAGUCUAUAUUGAUAUGAUUUGGAGAUUGGUUGCUAAUAAUAGGUAUUCUGUGGCACAUACUGUAGUACAAGAAGUGGAAAGUAUCACUGGUUUUACAAGAGAAGCUUUUCCUUUUGUAUAUCUUGGCUGUCCAAUUACACAUGCCAGGAAAAGAAAGGCUGACUAUACAGAGUUACUUAAAAAGGUGAGAGAUAAGUUGCAUGCAUGGAAAGGGAAAUUAUUAUCACUAGUUGGAAAAGCAGUGCUGAUUUCUAGUGUGCUUCAGAGCAUACCAAUUCACAUGUUGUCUGCUUUGAAACCUCCCAUAUGUGUGAUCAAAGAGUUGCAUAAAAUUUUCACUAAUUUUUUUUGGAGUAACAAGCAAGAUGGGAGAUGUAGGUAUUGGGCGACAUGGUUAAAAAUGUGUUAUCCUAAGCAGGAAGGGGGAUUGGGAUUUAGAUCAAUAUUUGAUGUCUCAAAAGCUUUAGUGACCAAGCUAUGGUGGAGGUUCAAGACUUCAAAUACACUGUGGUCCAAUUUUAUGUGGAUCAAGUACUGCAAGGAACAAUAUCCUCAGUAUGUGCAGUGGAAGGGUGGUUCUCAAGAUUGGAAAAUGAUGCUUGAUGCAAGAGAUAAUAUUGAGCAGGAAAUUUGGUGGGAAACCAGGAGUGGUACUGCAAAUGUGUGGUAUGAUAAUUGGACCAAGAUUGAUGCUCUUUAUUAUGUUCUCAAUGAUAUUGAUGAAUCAGUAGAGGAUGUUAAAGAGCUAAUGCUAGAUUGA